UCUCCAUGAUUCCAUAGGGAACAGCAUUUCAGAGUAAGAUACUUCUCCAGGUUUUACUCUUCACAACAUGUUUCUCACUUCAGACACAAAAUGCUUUUCUCAAUAUUCCACUGGACUCUCAAUGACUAGUCUCCAGUGCUGGCUCUGACACCCUUUAAGGUUAGGAGUUUGGGUAAAUAUGUUCUUCAGUUUCCUCUAGUCAAUUGAUGAGGGUUGUACUAGAUGAAAUCUGAAGGCUCAACUCUAAAUCUUGUGACUUCUGCUGCUUUAGGGGUCAAUGACAUUCAAGGAUGUGGCUGUGCACUUCACCCAGGAAGAAUGGUGCCUAUUGGACCAUUCUCAGAAAGUGCUGUACUUGGAGGUCAUGCUGGAGAAUGUGCAGAAUCUACUCUCUGUGGGGUUUCCAGUUCCUAGAGAAAAUUUGAUUUCCUGUUUUCAGCAAGGGGAAUCACCAUGGCUGCUAGAGAAAAAAGGCCCAAGGAGCUCCUACCCAGAGGAAGAGACUAAUUUUGAAGCGAGGGAGAUGACUACCAAGGUGAGUCUUUUUGUGGAAGGAUCUGGUUCCCAAAGAU